CACCUGCCCGACCACCAGCACCAGCACCAGCGGCAGAGCUCCAUCUAUUAAUUUCUUCGCCAGUUGCCAACUCCAGCGCCGUCGCCUUCGUUGAUACACUCGUGUACGACACUUCUCUCUUCCUCUUCUCAGCUCCAUUGACGUCGUCAGAGCACGGCAGAGGCUAAUCUGAGAAUGUCGUCCUUCAGUCGCAACUUGUGCACCACCGCUUCCCGCACCCUCCGCCAGCGGUCCUCCCUCGCCAGCAGAGCAGUCAGGCCAAUUGCCCUCCGCGCAGCUGCUGCAUCUCCCUUCACUGCCCGCGCAGCCCGUCCAGCUUCAUUCUCGACCAUGUCGGCCCUCAGAUCGGGCGUUGCCCCGCCCGUCCCCUCCAACCGCGAGUACGACCCCGAGAUUGUGGACAUGGCCAACUAUGUCCACAACAAGCCCAUUGACUCGGAGCUUGCUUUCGAUACCGCCCGCUGGGUCUUCGUGGACACCCUUGGCUGUGGUCUGGAAGGUCUCCGGUUCGAGCAGUGCAGGAACAUUCUCGGCCCCGUUGUAGAGGGAACUGUCGUGCCCAAUGGCACCAAGGUCCCCGGAACCAACUACCAGCUCGACCCUGUGCUCGGUGCUUUCAACAUUGGUGCCAUGAUCCGAUGGCUCGACUUCAACGACUGCUGGCUGGCCGCUGAGUGGGGCCACCCUUCUGAUAACUUGGGUGCCAUUCUCGCCGUUGCCGACUGGAUCUCGCGGACCAACAGGGCUGGAGGCAAGCUGGGUAACGGCAAGAUUCUCAAGGUCAGGGAUGUUCUCGAGGCCAUGAUCCGCGCACACGAAAUCCAGGGUGUUAUGGCUCUUGAGAACUCCUUCAACAAGGUCGGCCUCGACCACGUGGUCCUCGUCAAGGUCGCCUCCACGGCCGUCGUCUCGAAGAUGCUGGGCCUCACUGAGGCUCAGACCCGCGAUGCCAUCUCUCAAGCUUGGGUGGAUGGCCAGGCCAUGCGCACUUACCGUCACUCUCCCAACACCAUGUCCCGCAAGUCGUGGGCUGCUGGUGAUGCCUGCCAGAAGGCCGUCGACCUUUGCCUCAAGGUCCUCAGGGGCGAGCCUGGUCUCCCCACCGUCCUCUCUGCCCCCACAUGGGGUUUCUACGACGUCAACUUCGGCGGCAAGAAGUUCCAGUUCCAGAGGCCCUAUGGCAGCUACGUUAUGGAGAACGUUCUUUUCAAGGUUUCCUAUCCUGCGGAAUUCCACUCCCAAACCGCUGUUGAGGCUGCGCAGCGCCUGAACAAGAAGCUCGCCGCCAUGGGCAAGACCGCCGAGGACAUUGAGAGCGUUGUAAACAGGACCCACGAGGCCUGCAUCCGCAUCAUUGACAAGCAGUUCAAGCCCAUGGAGAACUUCGCCGACCGUGACCACUGCGUCCAGUACAUGGUCGCCACCAUGUUCGUCUUCAACCGCCUCGAAGCCACCGACUACCCCGACGGCAGCGAAGCGGCCACCUCCGAGCUGGUCGAGUCCCUCCGCCAGCGCAUCUCGUGCGUCGAGGACCCGCAAUUCACCAAGGACUACCAUGACCCGGAGAAGCGCACCAUCUCCAAUGCACUGACCGUCAAGCUCAAGGACGGCACCGUCCUGCCCGAGGAGGUCGUCGAGGCGCCUCUCGGCCACCGUCUCCGCCGCGAGGAGGCCAAGCCCGAGAUCCUCAAGAAGUACAAGAGGCAUUUGGGUCCUCACUAUCCGGCGGAGCAUGUAGAGAAGUUGGUGGCGCUGGCGCAGAAUGGAGCUGAGUUGGAUAAUAUGGAUGUGGAUAAGUAUGUGGAUCUGUAUGUCAAGAAUUAGAUGAUUACGAUGAUCAUGGGUACUAUGACUGGUGCUUUGGUGGAAGCAUUUUUCUGUAGGAUAAAAAAAUUACCUUUCUUUCUCCAUCGUUUUCUUAUAAUGGGUGGAUGUGAAUGCUGCGUAAAACAUGUCCGAGUGUGGCAUCCUCCUGAUCUAGUCUGCGGAAAGUCAAAUCGCUGCAUGGUCAUAGACUACAACGUAGCUUGAAGUAUAUCUGCCCUCUGCUUGUUAGUAGUACGUUAGAGCGAACAACUAG